AAACUUCAACACAUCGGGUGGGGGUGGCGAAUGGUGUCAGGACGAUAAAAUGUUGGCCAACAAACAGUCUUGAAAGCAGGAGGUGGGAGGAUGUCUGUGGAGGUGGAUGCACUUCUGCAGGAGGCCAAGGAGAACAUCGAGGCGGCCCAGAACUACCGCAGAGAACUCCAGCAGCGUCUGCAUGGCCUCAAUCAAGCCCGAAAACAGGUUCGGGGUAGCUCGGGGCAGGCACGUGAGGCCCUGCAGAAGCACUUCACAGAGCUGCAGGUGGCCGCCGGGCGCCUCCUGGCCGAGCGUCUGGCCAUCCUGCUGGCUGAGGUGGACGCCAUUGAGGCUGAGAGCAUCCGGCCGCUGGACGAUUGCCAGAGCCUCAUUGAGCACGGCGUAAGCCAGGCGGACGAGCUGCUGAGGGAGGGAGAGGCUGCUCUGCGCUGUGGCCUGGGUGAGAAGGAGGCCAAGCUGGGCAGCUUCACCAAGAAGGCUCUGAACAUCCAGCUGGACAGCCUGCCAGAGGUUCCAGCGCUGGUGGAUGUCCCGUGUGUGUCGGCCCAGCUGGAUGACUCCCUGCUGGGGAUGCUGAGGGACAGAGUGGCCCGCCACGGUGCUGUCUCCUCCCACCCGCCAGUCCAGAUCGAGGAGCUGCAGGAGAGACCUGGCAGUGUGCUUGUCCGCUGGUGCAAGGUGGACGAAGACUUCGCAGCAGCAGAUUACAGGCUACAGUACCGCCGAUCUGGGAGUGGGGGUGCUCAGUAUGAGGACGCUUAUAUCGGCCGGGACUCUGAGUUCCUGGUCCUCCACCUAGACCCCCACACAGAGUACCUGUUCAGGGUGUGUGCCCGUGGGGAGGGUCGCACCGAGUGGAGUCCCUGGAGUAUCCCACAGACUGGCUACACAACACUGGCCCCGCAUGAGUGGUGUCCAGGUACUGAAGGCUUCAUCCUGAGCAGCAGAAGAAACAUUGCCAUGCGCAAUGACUCCUCCCCUUCACGCUGUCCUGUCCUGUAUUCCAACGCACCCACAUAUUUCUGCGGACAGACGUUGACUUUCAAGAUCUCUGCAGCAGGCCAAGUGGACCGGCGAGACAGCCUGGGUGUGUGCGUGGAGAGUGAGAGUGGGAUGGAGUCACUCCAGAGAGACAAGGCUGUCUGUAUCUCCACCAACGGAGCGGUAUUCGUCAACGGUAAAGAGAUGACCAACCAGCUACCUGCCAUCAGCCUUGGCUCUGCUGUGACCUUUGACAUGGAGUUGGUCAGCCUAUUCCCCGUCAGUAACAACAAUCUGAGAGACGAGGGCAGCUUCAAACUGAGGGUGACCAUUGGCUCGGGGAACCGAGAAGUAGUGUUUGAUUGGCUGCUGGACCAGGCAGUGGAUGCCCUUUACUUCGGCUGCUCCUUUGCCCACUCUGGCUGGAAGGUGCUGGUGUUCUGAGGGCUUUGAUUGGAUGUUGGUGCCGUCAGUCUUGGUGAACGAUUAAAAAGGUGGAUCGCCCUGUCUGCUGGGGUUUGAAAGCCCACAACCUGCCUCAGUUGCCUGAGCCUAAACAAUUUUUCACAAGCACAAAAAUAAAUCUAAAUAGGCAUGGCUGGGUCUAAGCAAUAUAGUAACCUGUUAAAUUUGACUGUACUGCUUAGACCUAUAGUGCUCUUCUUGAAUCUACAGGGAGGUGUGAUGAUGGAGGAUUGGGAUGUAGGUAGCCAACCAGAGUCCGUUUGUGUUGAAAAGUUAGCCAGAUACUUAGCUUCUUAGUUCAUGUUUGAUUCCUGGCCUCCUUGGAGGCUUUGCCGUUGUUUACAGCAGUUUGUUUUUGUUUGGUUGUUUUUGUGUUUAAACAUGGCUUUGAAUCCCUGGCCAUGUCUCUUCACACAUGGAAGGGGUUUAGUCGGCCAUUUAUCUAUGCAUUGUCUUUAGGUUUGUGCACAGUGUAGAUGGUUCUGUACAGAUGGACAAUACACCGAUGAGACAGUCCUACAAACGUGUUCUGAGUUCUCAUGAUGAGUGUGUGAAGGGGUAUGAGGUGUGCAUGGUGUUUCAAAGUAAGUGGCCACCUCAUCAGAGGGUUGGGCCUUGAAACACAUCGGUUGGUUUUACCGUAACUGAGAAUCGCAGCUCUUCAGUUCCCCUUGAGCCUCGAGUGUUUUCUUGGUCUCUCUUAUCUCUCUCUUUACACUCAAGAGUGAAAAGUUGAGUAGGUUCCAGUCACCUUAGCCCGAGUCAAGUUAAAGAUCUGACUCUUGAUUUUUUUUAUGCUUUGCCAUGACAAUCCCAACAAUAUUUAGAAAAUUUAACGUGUAAUUGAUUAGCUGGGUGUAAAAGUUGAUUAUUUUUGGUGUGAAUUCUGAGGAGCAGGUCAAUGAGAAUACAAGGGCUGAUGGUUCAAGAUAACUGUCAGGUCUAUAUAGCUGCGAGGAAAACAACCGGCGAUGUUCAGCCACGUGUCACUGAAGCCAACACCUGAUGUCCCCAUAUUGCGAAAUCAGAGACGUUCCAAAUGGGAAACAUUUGUAAAUCUAGAGCUAAAUCUAGAUAACUCAUUCUCUCUGUCAGAAGCAGCACAACAGUUUUCUUAUUCCCUGGGAUCUUUUUUUUUUUUGAGAUGCUUUAUUGAUCCCCAUGGGGAAAUUAUGCAAUUAUUGGAUAAACAUAAACCAAAAGAUGAACAUUAUUUCUUAGGUUUUGCUAAAAUGAAAGUGCCAUACAUCAAUGUUACAGAUGUGGCAGGGUACCUUAAGUCCCAUUCAGACCUGUUUAUUCAUUUUCUCAGACACAGCGGAAUCUUCUGGAGUUUACACAUACAUCCGUACUAUCUAGACGAAUAGUUUGAGGUUUGUUGACACUGGAGGUUAAUUGUCCGCCAUGUGGCGAUUUGGGCUCCAUUUGUCUAUAUAUAUAUAUAUAUAUAUAUAUACACAGACACAGGUAGGGCUGAUUCUGGAUUGGACCAUUUGAUGGUACUCAGUUCUCCACCAGCAUCACACUUUAGUUCAGUAUUCUCCUGUACAGAGUAUGCAGAUUUUCAAUCCAAACACACUUUACCAGCUAAACUCCUAUCCUACUGUAGUUGGAGGUGCCAAUUAGUAGACCUAUAGUGUAUUGGUUGGAAUAGUGUACUCUUUGGUCCCCACACAUGGCUGGGAACCAGACCUUGUACAUCCUUCUUUAUCAACUGUGAGUAGCUGCAAAAAAAAAAACCUUUUUGGUGAAAUCAAUGUACAUGACCUCAUUUUGUCUGCCUUGUCCCUCCUGACGAGGGAGAACUGAUUAAAUAAAGUGCUAGAAUCCGC